AUGCCCACGCAUGGCCCGCCGUCCCCGAUCCUCCAGAAAAGCGUCAAGCGUCAGCGGCAGGACUCGUACGACGGCACGUCAUCGCGCAACGGCUUCUCAAGUCCUGAGCAGCAGCCAGCCGGCGAUGCGAAUCUAGGAGGGGCGACGAGCGGCGGCAGUAGCAGCGGCCGCAGCGAGGCUGGUGCCUCGGCAUCGUACCCUGGCAUCCCUGUCACCUCUGACUCUGUUCCUGGUCCUGGUCCUAGUCAUGAUUCCGGUGCCGGCGACGGCGCAACUGAUACUGCCAUUGUUGAUGAUGCCGCCGCAAACACCAGCACCAGCACCAGCACCGCCCCUGCGGCCAGCUCCGACAGCGUUGUGCCGACUGGCAAGCCUGGUCAGAGCAGCAACUUCCGCAAUGUGAGCGCUUGCAAUCGCUGUCGCCUGCGGAAGAAUAGGUGUGAUCAGAAACUCCCCAGCUGUGCGAGCUGCAACAAGGUUGGCGUCCCAUGUGUUGGCUAUGACCCAAUCACGAAGAAGGAGAUUCCUAGAAGUUAUGUUUUCUAUCUCGAGACCCGGGUUGAGGUGCUGGAGAAGCUCUUGGCGUCCAACAACACCCCUUUCCCACCGGCUGAAGAUCUAGACCUAUGCUCUCGUCCUGGCGCCGAUGGGAGUUUCCCAGCCCUGCGCGAUUCAAGAUACUCAGCGCCAACCGAUUCUGUGGACGCUCGCAACUCAAGGCCUCACAGCCAUCACAGCCAGGCACUGGAUAAUGCGCUGCUCCCUGCAAAGAAGCAGGGCAACCAGAGUCCGGCCAUGCUAAAUAUUGUCAGUCCAGCAAAGCCGCGAUCGCUCGCCUCUACAUCUGGAGUUUCCUUCGCUCGUGUAGUCUUUGCUGCAGUGCAGUAUUCAGUGUCAGACCAAAACGGCGGGCCGGAGAAGUCUGUCUCUUCAAAUCCUUUAAAUCCCGCUGGAGCUGGCACUUCGAUGCGUGACUCCUUCUUCGGUUUGCACACUCGACCAACCAUCCAGCCAGCUCCAUUCCCGACUAGAGAUGUGGCCAUGCGCCUCGUUACGCUCUACUUUGAGCAUGCCAAUCCUCAGAUUCCCAUUCUGCAUCGCGGCGAGUUUAUGCGCAUGUUUGAACGGGCGUACGCAAGCGAGGGUCGAGGCCUCAGUGCGAGAGAGUUGUAUAUGCUCAACAUGGUCUUUGCUAUAGGCUGCGGCGUCAUCACUCGGAACCAGAGCAGGCCCGAGGAGUAUCACGCGAGUGCAAUUGUCCACCUUGAAGAAUGCCUUAGCAACAGUGGAGGCGGGCUUGAGGUUCUGCAGGCCGUUCUUUUGCUUGCUAACUUUGCGCUUCUGCGGCCUGUUCCACCAGGCUUGUGGUAUAUAACUGGCGUUGCGGUGCGUCUCGCGGUCGACCUUGGCCUCCACCACGAGGACGAGAGGGGGAGACGCCUCUGGAUCCGCGAUAUGAGACGGCGAUUAUGGUGGUGCACCUAUUCGUUUGACAGGCUCGUAAGCACCUGUGUAGGCAGACCGUUUGGCAUCAGCGACCAAGUCAUCACAACUGAAUUUCCCUCGGUCCUCGACGAUACCUUUAUCACACCGAAUGGUUUUAUAGAUCCACCUCCCGGCGAGGAUCACCCAAGCUACAAACGCGUUGCCCACCAUUACUUCAGGCUACGCCUGUUACAGUCGGAGAUUCUUCAAGUAUUGCAGAACAGACAGCUGCCGUCCCCUUAUCUCGUUCACUUUGAUUCAUAUCGGUCAUGGCGGAUGGAUAUUGACCGGAGACUUCGCGAAUGGAAGGACAAUGCGCCUUCAAAGCAAGACACCGGAGUGGCCUUUUCGACCGAGUUCCUCUUCCUCAACUACUGGCAGGCCAUUGUCCUCCUAUAUAAGCAGAGCUUGAGCAUCCCCGCCAUGUUUGAGGGAGAGUACAACCCUUCAAAUGAAGUUAACAGCCCCACGGCAUUCACUGCUGAACUACGCGAAGACGAGGAGCGCAUAUACCUCAAGGUCGCUGAGGCGGGACAAAAGAUUCUCCGCAUAUAUAGACAGCUACAUCUGAGCAGUCUCGUAAGCUAUACAUAUUUGUCUACACACCAUUUGUUCAUGGCUGGCAUAUCAUAUCUUUACGCUAUCUGGCAUUCUCCUGCUGUGAGAAGCCGCCUGACUAUGGACGAAGUAGAUUUUACUGUACUGGCAGCAAAGUCAGUAUUUACCGACAUGAUUGACAAGUGCCCGCCGGCAGAGACAUGCCGUGACGCUUUUGAUCGAACGGCUAAGGCCACCAUCCAAAUGGCCACCUCAAAAGGAGGGUUUGGUUCACCUAUCCCGCAAACACGCCGGCCGCCGACUAGACGGGAAACGAGCACCUGGGCUCCUACUCCCGCAGAAACGGCCUCCAAGAAGCCGACAUCUCGACAUCGCCAUCAUCACCAGUCCGAGCAGCAGCAACAGUUCCAGUUUGACAUGGCAAUGGGUGAUAGUCUAUCGUCGCCCAGCCUCUCGACAGCGGGGGAUAUAACCACUCCACCGCGGACAGGCAGCUAUGACGAUGGCGGCUCAGUCAUGGACCAGUCGAUAAUUGCGUCGCCGUCCGUGCCACGGAGCCAGGCUACGCCGGGCAGUACCAGCGGCGGGAACCCGUAUAUGGGUCAGCAAAACCAGCAGUUUGGCAUCCAGGGCCACAUGGAAUACCCAGAUGCACAAACAAUGGAGCUUCUGCAGACGUUUGGGACGGGAUCCAACGGCGGCUUCGGGAGCAUGGACCAGAACCAGAUGGACUUUGGCUUUGGCAUAAACUGGGAGGGCGUGCACAACGACUAUGCGGAGGCUGCACAGCCGAUGAAUCCCUUUGAUACGUUUUUCUUUGGCGGGCCGCAGGGAGGCAACGCCGGAUUUGGCUCAUCGAAUGGCGAGGGUGGUCAUUCGGGAGGGAAUGAUAUCUGA